GGGGCCCGGCCCGCACCGCUCCGCACCGCCGGGGCCCCGGCCCGCACGGCCGAGCCGAGCCCCCGGCCCGUGACAGSCGCCCCCGCCUCCAUCCCCGCCGCACAAUGACCCCGCGUGGUUCCUCUCCCACUCUCCAGCUCCGGCCUCUUUCUCCUGCUGAGAUUGUUUUUGUUUUUAACUUACCCUCCUCCCACCCCACCCCAUGCUUGAUAGAUUUUUUUUUUUUUUGCCCGCUGGGGUGCCCCCCGAGCCCCGAGUGCCCCCAGCCCCGUGCCGUGCGCUAGGCUUCCCCGCACCCCUGGGGCUCUCUUCGGUGUCCCUGUUGUCCCCCCGGUGCCGGUCGUUUGUUCCCCCGCGGGGUUGCCUGACCGUGGGUUCCCCCCCGGCUGGGCCCAUAGGGGGUAAGAGCCCCGCUGGAGGCGGGGGGWGGUCGGUGGGAGGCCCUUUCCCCUCCCCCGACCGGACACCGCCUGAUGCUCCCUUUGGUUCCCCCUCUCCAGGCUUCAGCCAGGAGGGUCCCGCGGGCAGCUCCACCAUGUCGGACAGUGACCCGGGGGACGAGGACGGUGCCAUAUCCCCCGACCCCGCUCAGUGCAAGAGGAAGAGAAGGGGCAACCUCCCCAAAGAGUCGGUGAAGAUCCUGCGGGACUGGCUGUACGAGCACCGCUUCAAUGCCUACCCCUCGGAGCAGGAGAAGCUCAGCCUCUCGGGGCAGACCAGCCUCUCCGUGCUGCAGAUCUGUAACUGGUUCAUCAACGCCCGGCGGCGGCUGCUCCCUGACAUGCUGCGCAAGGAUGGCAAAGACCCCAACCAGUUCACCAUCUCCCGCCGCGGGGGCAAAGCCGGCGAUGUGGCCGUGCCACGGGGCGCCGCCGCCGGCUCCGGGGUACUCGUGGUGCCGCCUGUGGCGGCGGCGGGCGCCUCCAAGGUGCUAUCGAUGUCCGUGUGCCCGCAGGUACUGUGCCACCCGGCGCGGGCACUGGCCGUGGUGAGCGCCCACAGCCCCGAGUGGGAGAAGCCCCCCGGGCCCGAGGCCGUGCCCAGGGCAGGCACGGGGGCCGGCGGCAGCACCCUGACCCUGCUGGCGCGGGCCGAGGCGGGCAGCCCCACGCCCGGACUCUUCAACACGCCGCCCCCCACGCCCCCCGAGCUCUUUGGGGACGACUUCAGCAGCUUCCAGCUGCUGGUGGAGGUGGCCCUGCAGAAGGCGGCUGAGCUGGAGCGGCAGCGGCAGGGGGGACCUCCCGGAGCCUCCAAAUAACCCUGGGCCGGGUUCCUGCAGGGUGCUGACCUGCCCGGCCUCUGCCUCGCCCCCACAGCCCAUCCCAGGAGUGGACUCCUGCCUCCGGGGGCUCUGGUCUCUCUCGCAGCCAAGGCAGCAGAGGAAGGACUGUCCCACCCCGCCAUCCUCCUGCUGGGAGAUGCCCUGGCUGCCGAGGACGGUGCCCCAGCUGUGCAGGGGACCGUMGUGACCAGACCUCGACGCUGGCACUGCCCUGUCCCUGCUGCGCGGCCGGAGUGGUCACUGGAGCUCCCCUGGAAAACCUGCUGAUCUCUUCCUCUCCCGCCAACACCAGCUACCAACUACCAGGGUCCCACCAGCACUGUUCCUUCAGGAGGACAAAGAGAGAACCUAUUUUUUUUUUAACAUUGGUGUCUAUUUUAAGGACUGUGGAUGAAGAGCUUUGUUACCCAAAUCUCUGAUCUCUUCCCCCUCCUUCUCUUUUCCCCUCCCCCCUUUUGUUUUGGGGGGCCCUUUCUGUUUCCCGGUGCUGGCCAGGGGCUCUACCUUGCCUAGGGAAGGGCCAAAGACAGAUGAACUGGAAAACAUGGAGUCUGUGGCAUUUUAUCAUGAUAAAAAUAGGACCCUCCUCUUCCAUUUUAGGGUGUUCUGGAUGCUGCCAGUAGAAGUCGCGAUGGUCCUGUUUAGCAAGUUUUUUGUUUAAAUACUUUGCCUUUAAUUGUGAUUUAUUACAUGGUUAUUACUUUUUGUUUGUU